AUGUCAAGAGAAGACCGGGAAGCACAGGAGGAUGAAUUACUGGCUCUCGCUAAUAUUUUUCCCAAAGAUGAAUUUAGGAGAGCAGAAUCUUUGAAGGGAGGGGAAAUCCAAGUGUGCCUUGAGUUACCAUCUAACUUUGAAAUAUCUAUCAAAAGUGAGUGAGUGUUUGUAUUGGUGUUUUCUUACUAAUGAGCAGAGCAGAGCCUUUUGUAGAUUAAGACAUUUGUAGGUCAUCCAAUUCAUAUAGACUGGUUAAAGAAAAAGAUAGUUUAAAGUCACUUGAUAUAUAUAGGCUAUAUGUAGACAUUUGCAGGCUGCUUAAUAUACAUAGCUUCAGGGUAGACCUUUGUGGGUCACUUAAUAUGUGCUAGAUCAUGUACACGCUUGACAAAAUGAUGCUCAGAAAAUAAGGAAUAUUUUCCUUUAUGUGAUUCUGACACACUGCAUGUGCAGUUUUAAAGAUGAGCUGUGACAAUUACUCAGUUAUUCACCAUAGUAAAUGCUUUUGAUGUAAGGAGUUCCAUUGUGCUGUGUGUUCUCAUGUACCCACCUAGAGCUUAUGCACAGUGCCAUGGUAGUUAAUAUAUGUAUAUAUAAAUAUAUAUAUAUAUAUAUAUAUAUAUACACACACACACACACACACAUAUGCACUGAUUAGCCACAACAUUAAAAUCAGUGACAGGUAAAGUGAAUAGUAUUAUAUGGUUACAAUGGCACCUCUCAAGGAGUAGGAUAUAUUUAGCAGCAAGUGAACAGUCAGUUCUUGAAUUUCAUGGGAAAAUGGGAUGGGAGUGCAGGCAAAAUGGGCAUGCGAGAUCUGACUAAGGCCAAAUAGUGAUGGCUAGACGACUAGGUUAGAGCAUCUCCAAAACGGCAAUCUUGUGUGGUGUUCCUGGUAUGAAGUGGUUAGUACUUACCAAAGUGGUGAAAGGAAGGAAAACCGGUGAACUGGCAUCAGGGUCAUGGGUCCCUAAGGCUCAUGGAUGCCGUCUGGUCUGAUCGCACAGAAGAGCUAAUGUAGCUCAAAUUACUGUAAAACGUAAUGCUGGCCAAGACAGAAAGGUGUCAGAACAUACAGAUCAUUGCAGUUUCCUCCAUAUGGGGCUGCAGACUAGUCAGAGUGCCCAUGAUGACCCCUGUCCACCUCUGAACGUGACUUCAAUGGGGACAUGAGCAUCAGAACAGGACCAUCGAGCAAUGGAAGAAAGUUGCCAGGUCUGAUAAAUCAUGUUUUCUUUUAUUUCAGGUGGAUAGCUGUGUGUGCAUCGUUUACUUUGGGAAGAGGUGGCAGCACAUUAUGCCGCAUUGACCAAAGAAGCACCACUAGUAGCAGUCCAAGUGACUCCCACAAGAGGUGUCCCUAGACAGCAAUGUCUGAAAAGACAGUGUUUACAUUAUAAUGCCCAAAGGACAGGUUAUAGACACCAGAAUAACUACAUUAAGCUGUAGUUGUUCUGGUGACUACAGCAUCCCUUAAACACCAUGAGGCCUUUUGAUGGUCAGACGUGUUUUGAACAUGUUAAUGAUCUUACACUGUGAAAUCUGAUCUAUUCACAACUAGUUAUAUAUACACAGUUGCCAUCACUGGGAACAUAAGAUGGGAACUUCCAGUAGAUCCACGGACGGUCUUCAUCCAAGUUUAUUUUCUGUCCUUUUUCCAGGUAACACCGCAGAAAAUAUUUUCAUUGAGAACUUUAAGGACACACUUUCUUACCUACCACCAGUUGUGCUGAAUUUUGAAUUUCCUUCAGAUUAUCCAUCAACCUCGCCUCCGAACUUCACACUCAGCUGCAAGUGGCUCAUACCCAAGCAGGUUAAUUAGAUUUAUUUGCAAUUUGCAACAGUGUUAUAGAAUGUAAUAUUUAUUUACUCUCCCUUAUAAAGUAUUAUUCAGUGGCACCACACAAAAUGUUUUUUGUGGAAAACAUUUUAAUCUGAAGAAGAAUCUCAGUAGGUCGUCAGUGUAGAUCUAUGAAAUAAAAUUUAAAUUCAUAAGCCUUUUAGAAACAUAUUUCCCAAUAUGCAUCGGAAAUACUAUUUAUAAGUUGUUUAAUAAAUCUAUAUUCCACCUUGCAUCAGACUCUCAGACCUUUUCUGAUUGUUUGUUUUUUUACUUUGUUUCAGCUUGUGAGACUUUGUCAGCACUUAGAUGAACUCUGGAAGGAGAAUGCAGGAUGUGUUGUUCUGUUUGCCUGGACACACUUUCUAAAGAAGGAGACUUUCAAGUACUUAAGUAUCCAAUCACCUUAUGAGAUUGAAGUGUGUCCCAAUGUGUCACAGAAUGGGAUUCACCCACCUGGAGAAACCGAUCUCUGCAGCAAUGCAGAAUCACAAGAGGAUUGGGUCUAUGACAAGAGGGUCAUACAGGAUGUGGUGUCUGUGUCUGCCCUGAUAAAUUGCAUCUUGGAAUUCAAUGAGUCUCAGCAAAAGAAAUGCUUUGAUAGCAAAUUGUACAUGUGCAAUAUCUGUUUCUCAGAAAAGCUGGGCAGCGAGUGCACAAAUUUUAAACUUUGCAAUCAUGUCUACUGCAACAUUUGCCUCAAAGAUUACUUUGAAAUAAAAAUCAAAGAUGGCCAAGUCCACUCUCUGAACUGUCCAGAACCAGAGUGCUCCUCCACAGCAACACCUGCUCAGGUAACCCCAAAGUUUUUAUAUUAUAUUUACCAUGCACCACAGUUAUUUUUUUUUUGUGCUGUUCUUGAAUUUGCUAGUUGCCCUUUGUUAUAUCAUUCUUAGAAUGGGGUACAUUUACCUUUUUACCAACCAAUGUAUUGGAUAUGUAAACGUCUUCUGUGAUAAAAAAAUGAUGGAGACGUUUUCAAGAUCAGAAACAGAAUGUUGUUUUGGUAUCAUGAUCAUAUAAGGCCUCAUUUAUCAUCUCAAAACACAGAUACAUGUGUAACUUUGGAUCUCUAUGGAGACUCAGUCUUGGUUGAGAGGUCAACUUUAAAAGUAAGAUCAGCAUACAGUUUUUUUUACCAAGUAAUAAGGAGUCACCAAUGCAAUUUAUAUUCCAUGUGGAUUAUAAUGUAAUAUAGUGUACUUACCAUGCUUAUUUUUCUCUGCCUGGGGGACUGCAUAUCUUCACUUAGCAUUAUCUUAUAUGGCCAUAGCAUGAAUAGCCUGCUCUUACACCUUGGACGGUUACCAUAUCUUGUAUACCAUUGUGCACAGUUUUCCAUUAAUUCAUUAUGUAUAUUGGUGUACAGUUGCCUACUGCAGUGGGACAGAGCAACACAAAUUGGUUUUGUACAAAUAUUAGAGUGAUUGUUUAAUUCGCAGACUCUUACCAAAAAGCAUCAGGAUUCAGCAUAUCUUAAACAAUGAAUUAAGUUAUUUAACUACCUAGGACAUUUAAAAUGUUGGAAAGUAGCUGUACAUCUAUAAACAUGAACAUAUGCAACAGAUUCAAAUGUUCCUCAUGUUGUCAAAGUUUACACAUUUAGUACAUGUACAACUUUUACACCAUUACACCAUUCAUUUUUCCCAUCGAACUCUUUGACGUAGUGUACCAACAUUGUGAAACCCCCAAAAAAUAUUUAGAACCGUAGCAAAAACCUUUUAAUUAAGAGACCGAAAUGUUUGCCUUUUUUUGCAAAUUUCUACAGAUAGAAGCACACCUGCUCUUACUCUGUUAACACCGUUAGGGCGUUCUAUGCCGUCCUCAGUAUAAUGGGCUUUAAAGCUGUUACGGCGACAUGGAACGCCCUAACAGCUUUUAGUCCCAGGAGCUGAAAUAUACUCACAUGCGCACACUGGUCAAAGUUACCAUAUACAACAUCGUUUAACAUGUACAAGUGAUUUUGUGGUUUACAAAUUGUUGUGUCCCUGUUGUCUGGGCUAUAUUGAGAAGACCGAUUUACCAUUGAGAGAACAAAUCAGAAAUCAUAGGUCGAGUAUCAGGACUGCAUACAGGGACAACAAGCCUGAACUACCGGUGGCGAAGCACUUUUUAGAAUUGGAGCAUACUCUACCAUCUAUGAAGUUGAUGGGUAUUGACCAUGUUUCUCUACCCAGGAGAGGUGGUAACAGCAGGGAGCUGCUCUGGAUCAGAACAUUAAAAAACUGUUCACCCUGAUGGGUUGAACAAAAAGUAUUCGUUGUCUGCUUUUCUAUAACUUGGUUUGGAGCCAGAUAUAGGUUGCACAUAACGUGAUGUAUACUGGAGUGGGGAAUUGGUGCUCACUCUUUGGGUUAAGCUACCAUCCCUUUGGCCCAGUUAGGUGAUGGCUAACUCCAUGGGUGCAUUAAUUACCUGUUGGUUCGUUGUUGGAUAUAUUUAUAUAUUAUCUGGAGUGGGGUGAUUGGUGCCCAACCGUUUGGGUUAGGCUACUGUCCCUAGAACUCAGUGUGAUUAUUAUCCAACAGGGUUUUUUUUGACUCCACUAUUAUGUCAUUAACUUUCAGGUUUAAUGCAUGGACAACGUUGGAAUCUGUUGUAACCAAUUAAGUUGGCACAAAUGUGCCAUCAGUGUGUGCAUGCACCCACUGUGCCCCAGUAGAUGAUGGCUCAAUAUGAAAGUGACUUGUAUUUGUAGAUAUGUAUAUAUAUAUAUUUUUUUUAACAGCUUUAUGAUAUGUACUAGACUGUGUUAACUUCCAUCCCUAAUACCCAUAGGAUAAUUGUCCUUCUGUGUUCUUGAAAGAGUUUUUUUUUCCACUCAUUUUAUACCUAUAGUUAAUGUGUUUUGUCUUACAAGGUAAUAAGCAUUAAAAUAUAUCAAUUUAAGUUUGUUUGAUGGGUAUCCUUUUAAUUCUUUAUGGAUACCACGGUCAUUUGAAAUACCCCUAGUUUUAUAUCAUUGGGUAUAAGUGAAUCAUGGGUCCAUUCUGUGACAUAUAAUUACUAAAUACUCUUUAAUAGGUUUUUGUUGGCAAGAUAUUCCUUUGUGCCAUAGUUGUUUUUUUUUGGGGGGGAAACAGCAUUGAACCCCUUUGUAAGACAUAGUUUGUCCCCUUGCUCUUAAUUAAUCAUUUUGUGGAACACCUUAUGGUGUUUGCUAAGGCAUUCUUGUAGUCUCCUCUUUUUUAUACUCUCUCCUUCUUAUAUACGCUCUCUAUAUAUUCAUUUUUCAUUUUUUUUUGGGAUCUAGACUAUAUAUGGGUGAUUUCUUCAAAGGAUUGUUAUAGAUAAGUAUUGUACAUAGGAUAUUGGUUUAUAGAUAUUAUCAUUGUUACUUUGCAUUCUCGGGUACUGUGUAAUUUUGUAUAUUUGCAUAUAUAUUGUGGUGGAAGUUGUUUCCAUAACAACCAUUUCCUAAUUUGCACAUUGAACGGUUGCUUGCGCGAUGAGGUAAUGACGUCAACGUUACGUGAUUCAGGUGGUGGGUAAGUUAAUUGUUUUUGUGUUUGGGGGUAUAUAGGAAAGCAUUUGUACUGUGUUGGUCAGGCUUGAUGAAAGUUUGUGGAUAACAAACUGAAACGUUUAUUUUUAUUUAAAACUAAUUAAAAGCAAAAUUUUACUUUGCAACAAGUCCUGGGAGUGCUAUCUGGAUUAUUCUCUUUGUAUUUUGCUUGACAAGCACCGGGCAAGUAUUUAAAGGAUAUAUGGAGUGCAGGAUUCUUUUUCUUUAUAUAUAUAUAUAUAUAUAUAUAUAUAUAUAUAGUGUAUUUUUAUAUUGAUAGUUAUAUAUAUCAAUAUCAAAAUACACUUAAUAUGGAGUUACAUAUAUAUAUAUAUAUUAAUAAAAUUAUAAUAAUAAUACAUAAAAUUAAUUAAUAUAAUAAUAAAAAAUGUAAUAUAUAUAUAUAUAUAUAUGCAAUUUUAUUCUAAAAGUGUUUUGAUAUUAAUAUAUAUAUAUAUAUAUAAUCAAAAUAAACUUAGAAAUUAUAUAUAUACAUAGCUAUAUGUAUAUAAAAAUAAAUAAAGAAUAUAUACAUAUAAAUAGAUAUAAUUACAUAAGUAUAAACAUUGGAUUUAAAUACACAUAUAUGCAUAUCUAUUUAAAUUCUAUGUGUAUAUUUAUAAUUUGAGAGACGAGCCUGACAAUCAAGACAGCAAGCACAGAAAAUGUAAUUUGCAAGUCCUAUGUUUAUCCCUGUAACUUUCCAAAUCCCCAUAAAGCUUGGAAAUGGGAGGUACUAUUGUACCUGGGAGACUUCGCUGAACACAAAUAUGAGUUUUUCAAAACAGUAAAACUUAUCACGACAAUAAUAUCACCAGAAAAAAUGGAGUUUUCAUGUAAAAAAAUGCAAAACACAAAUAUGACCGCUAGCAUUGGCCAGUUACUUUUUUCCUUUGGAUUUUACUAUAUGUAUUGGAGUUGAUGUGUCCUGUGGUCGUUGCUUCCGCCUUUUCUUUUUGUAUUUGUAUUCACUUUUUGUAUCACACAGCUAGGUUACAAUGCUGCCGCCCAUCCCAUGUGUUCCCUAUUAGGGGUUAAUAAGUAUAUAGGGGUGUAUUUAGAGAAAAUACCAAUUUCUGUCUCAUUAGAGAUAUCUUUGCCAGAAGUUCAAGGAAGCAAGAUGAAGGGUCAAAGUAGGACCCGUCUAGGGGGGUCUGCCUUGACGUUGGCAGGCGAGCAUUCCCUCCAGUGGCCAUUGGAGUAACUAAAUUACCUCCAUUUGUUUAAAUAUGUAUAGGGAUUAAGGAGAGAGCGCAGGUAACUUUUUUCCUUUGGUUUUAACUAUAUGUAUUGGAGCUGAUGUGUACUGUGGUUGUUGAUGCCGCCCAGGAGUGAUGGGAGUGAGCGCAGGACUCUUCUUUUUGUAUUUGUCUAUGUUUUGUUUUGAUCACAACCUGUACAAUCGGCUCUGUCCUUAAAGGACCACUAUAGUGCCAGGAAAACAUACUCUUUUUCCUUGCACUAUAGUGCCCUGAGGGUGCCACACCCUCAGGGUCCCCCUCCCGCCGGUCUCUUGGGUGGAAGGGGUUAAACUUACCUCUUUCUCCAGCGCCAGGCAAGGAGCUCUCCUCCUCCUCUCCUCCCUCUUCUCCUCCUCUUCGGCUGAAUGCGCAUGUGCGGCAGGAGCCACGCGCACAUUCAGCCAGUCCAUAGGAAAGCAUUCACAAUGCUUUCCUAUGGACGCUGGCGUCUUCUCACUGUGAUUUUCACAGUAAGAAGCACGCAAGCACCUCUAGCGGCUGUCAAGAGACAGCCACUGGAGGCUGGAAUAACCCUAUUAUAAACACAGAUAUAACACAGAUAUGUUUAUAAAAAAAAAGGUUUAACCCUAGCUGGACCUGGCACCCAGACCACUUCAUUAAGCUGAAGUAGUCUGGGAUUCCUAUAGUGGUCCUUUAAGGGGUUACGCACUACAAUCUGUUUCUCCAGCGCUGGGCGGGGAGCUCUCCUCCUCUUCGGCUGAAUGCGCAUGCGCGGCAGGAGCCACGCGCGCAUUCAGCCACGCGCGCAUUCAGCCACGCGCGCAUUCAGCCAGUCCAUAGGAAAGCAUUCACAAUGCUUUCCUAUGGACGCUGGCGUCUUCUCACUGUGAUUUUCACAGUGAGAAGCACGUAAGCGCCUCUAGCGGCUGUCAAGAGACAGCCACUGGAGGCUGGAUUAACCCUAUUAUAAACAUAGCAGUAGUACGCUAGUACCAUUAGUACCAGUAGUACGCACUGUAGUAGUUGUGAUACUUAGAUUGUCUUGUGAAUUAUUUGACUGUCUAGUACAUUUAUCUUAAAGCACAUUCUGAUACAUAUUGGUACAUAUUUGCAGCAGUGGUGGCUGAUGAAGUUCUCUGAAGUGGUGGCUGAUGAAGUUCUCUGAAACUGCUAUGUUUAUAAAAAAAAGGGUUAACCCAAGCUGGACCUGGCACCCAGACCACUUCACUAAGCUGAAGUGGUCUGGGUGCCUAUAGUGGUCCUUUAAGGGGUUACGCACUACAAUCUGUUUACUCUGUGUAGAGUUGGUAUUUGUAUAUCAUUUUAGCAUUUGAAUACAGGCAUGUGUUUGUAUGUUAUGCUUGCAUUCACGUGCAGUGAUGUGUUUUGAUGUAGUUUGUGUUUGAGUGUCUGUAUAUAACUUUAGAGUUGGAGUUCAGGGGUGUCUUAGUAUGUCAUGUUUGUAUUUGCAAGGUGUGUUUGCAUGUUGCGUUGGUGUUUGAUUGCUGGGAUGUCUGCACAUACACACACAGAUAUACAUAAACAUUUACAAACAUAAACACACAUAGAAAAACACUGACACACACACACAGUCGUAUACCCACGCACAUACACACACUGACAUAUAUACACACUGGCACAUACAGAUACACUGGCAUAUACAUUACCACACCAAUACAAACACUAGCACAUACACACACACACAUAGAUACACACUGGCAGAUUGACACACAGAUACAUACUGGCAGAUACACACACACUGGCACAUACACACAGGUACACACACUCAGAUAUACACACACUAAUACACAGGUACACACACUCAGAUACAUACACUGUCACUCAUAUGCACUCACUGGCACAUACAUUGACACUCAGAUACAUACUGGCACAUACACACACACACAUUGACACAUACACACUCAGAUACACUGACACACACACACUGGCAUAUACACACUCAGAUACACACACUGGCAUAUACACACACACAGAUACACACAAUGGCACAUACAUACAGAUAUACUCAUUGUCACAAAAAUACACACACUGACACAAAUAUACACACUCAAUUCACAAAGUUUAUAUUUGCAGCCACCCUCCUGUUAGGUUACCUUUUCUCGGCAGGAUGGUUGCUUGCUUGGAUUGCUGCUAUCUGGUGUGCUGCUGCUGCCUCUCUCUGUCCUACUCAGCACGCUCUAUGUCUGGAAGGACACUUCCUCCCAGCAUCCGAUACCCCUGUUUAGCAAUACUGAUUGGGUGGCCCCAAGUGCUUGGACCAUUCGAUGGGCAAAUUAAGGUGGAACCUCAAUUUUGUUCUCGCAGAACCCUAGUGUUCCGUGGAACACCAAUUGGGAAAUGCUGAUUUAGACUAUUUGUUUUCUAUUAGAGUUGGUAUUUGUAUAUCAUUUUAGCAUUUGAAUACAGGGGUGUGUUUGUAUCUAAUGCUUACAUUCACAUGCAGUGAUGUGUUUUGACGUAGUUUGUGUUUGAGUGUCCUUUAUGUUGUUAGAAUAAUGAAAAUAAUCACCUUUGCCUCUUUGCGUGUAGGUUAAGGAACUGGUAGAAGAAGAGUUGUUCAGCCGUUAUGAUCGUCUUCUCCUGCAGUCCAGCUUAGAUCUCAUGCCAGAUGUUGUGUACUGUCCUCGUACAUGUUGUCGGACACCAGUCAUGCAGGAGCUGGACAACACUAUGGGUAUUUGCUCCUGUUGCCAUUAUGCCUUCUGCACUCUCUGUAAAUUGGCCUACCAUGGAAUUUCACCAUGUAGAGUAACAACAGGUAAGCUAAUUAUGUUUGAGCAUUUUUGCUCUUAGAUUUACACCCCUUUUGCAGAUGCCGAGGGUUAG